CUAUUUAUGUGGGGGACCCAACAUGGCGGCUGCGGCGACCCUGGCGAUGGCGGUGGAGCCCAUCAGAACGUAGUAGCGGGGACAGGGACCCGGUCCGCACUCACGGUGGCGUCCGCGGAGACGGCUGAGGGUGCUGGAGGGAAGAAAAGCGACGGAGAGCGGAAGGAAAGGCGGGCAGGCACGCCGUACGGCGUCGAGGCGAGAGCCGGCUCGAGCGAGCGCCGAGGGCCAGAACAGUGGGGAUGGCGGAGCCGCGCAGAGUGGCGUUCAUUAGCCUGUCACCGGUGAGGCGGCGCGAGGCCGACUUCGCGGGCGCCGAGCGCGAGCCCCCCCGACUGGAGCCGCAGCCGUACCGCGAGCCGGCCCGGGCGGAGUCGGCCCCCCGCGCUGACGCGCAGCACCCGGCGCGCGACAAGCCGCUCCCCCAGCGCGAGGUCAGCCGCGCCGAGCCGCCCAUGGCGCUGCAGCGCGAGCCCCCGCGGCCCGAGCCGCCGCCGCCGCCGCCGCCGCCGCUGUCCCUGCAGACUGCCCCGCCGCGGGAGUCGGCUUCCCGGGCGGAGCCGCCGCCGCGACCGCCGAAGGAGACGGUUCGCCUGGAGCUGGUGCUCAAGGACCCCACGGACGAAAGCUGCGUGGAGUUCAGCUACCCGGAGCUGCUGCUGUGCGGAGAACAACGGAAGAAGCUUGUUCAUACAGAAGACCCAUUUAAUGAUGAGCAUAAGGAGAGGCAAGAAGUGGAAAUGUUGGCUAAGAAGUUUGAAAUGAAAUAUGGUGGAAAAGUCCGUAAACACCGGAAGGAUCGGCUACAAGAUUUAAUUGAUAUAGGCUUUGGCUAUGAUGAGACAGAUCCAUUUAUUGAUAACUCAGAGGCUUAUGACGAAUUAGUCCCUGCUUCUCUAACAACAAAAUAUGGAGGCUUCUACAUCAACACUGGCACUCUUCAGUUUCGCCAAGCUUCAGACACUGAAGAAGAUGAUAUUACAGAUAACCAAAAGCACAAGCCCAAGGUUCCCAAGAUAAAAGAAGAUGAUAUUGAGGUAAAGAAGCGGAAGCGGAAAGAGGAAGGGGAAAAAGAGAAGAAGCCAAGGAAAAAAGUUCCCAAACAAUUAGGAGUUGUGGCUCUCAAUUCACACAAGUCUGAAAAAAAGAAGAAGCGAUAUAAAGAUUCACUUUCUCUGGCUGCGAUGAUACGAAAAUUUCAAAAAGAAAAGGAUGCAUUAAAGAAGGAAUCUAGCCCUAAAAUCCCUGUGACCCUAUCAACUUCCUCUCUGACUAAGCCCUCUUGUGCUGCCACAGCCCUGGGGGAUGACAUCCCAGACUUAAGUCUGAACAGUGCUGAUCCAGACCUCCCUAUUUUUGUUAGCACAAAUGAACACGAAUUGUUUCAGGAAGCUGAAAAUGCCCUAGAGAUGCUAGAUGACUUUGACUUUGACAGAUUACUGGAUGCUGCUUCUGAUGGUAGCCCCCUCUCUGAGUCAGGGGGAGAAAAUGGGAACACCACCCAGCCCACCUUCAGCUCUCAGGUUAUGCCCAAGGUGGUACCUACACUUCCAGAUGGUCUACCUGUGCUCCUUGAGAAACGCAUUGAGGACCUUCGUGUAGCUGCCAAACUUUUUGAUGAAGAAGGAAGAAAAAAAUUCUUCACACAAGAUAUGAAUAAUAUUCUUCUGGACAUCGAGUUACAGCUACAAGAACUGGGCCCUGUCAUUCGUAGUGGGGUCUACUCCCAUCUUGAAGCCUUUGUGCCAUGCAAUAAGGAAACACUGGUAAAACGUCUAAAGAAGUUACACCUUAACGUCCAGGACGAUCGUUUAAGAGAACCACUGCAGAAAUUGAAGCUGGCUGUUAGCAACGUCAUGCCUGAACAGCUGUUUAAAUACCAGGAAGACUGCCAGGCUCGCAGUCAAGCCAAGUGUGCCAAGUUGCAAACAGAUGAAGAAAGGGAAAAAAAUGGAUCUGAAGAUGACGAUGAUGAGAAACCAGGGAAACGAGUCAUAGGGCCACGAAAGAAAUUCCACUGGGAUGACACCAUUAGAACUUUGUUAUGUAACCUUGUUGAAAUCAAAUUGGGAUGCUAUGAAUUAGAACCAAAUAAAAGCCAGUCUGCUGAGGAUUAUCUUAAAUCCUUCAUGGAGACAGAAGUGAAGCCACUGUGGCCUAAGGGCUGGAUGCAGGCAAGAAUGCUUUUUAAGGAAAGCCGGAGUGUACAUAAUCAUCUUACUUCUGCUCCAGCAAAGAAAAAGGUGAUUCCUGCAUCAAAACCCAAAGUCAAGGAGGUGAUGGUAAAGACCCUUCCUGUUCGUUCUUUCCCCACUAUGCUGAAGGAAUGUAGCCCAAAAAAAGACGCAAAGGCUCCUGUAUCUUUGGUGGCUUCAGUUGGUGGUCCAUCCACGAGCUCCAGCACAUCCAUCAUUGCCUCAGCCAGCUCUAGCUCAGCACCAGCCCAAGAAACCAUCUGCCUCGAUGACUCCCUGGAUGAAGACCUUUCUGUCCACUCGUCUUCACUGGAUCUUGUAUCUGAAGCUUUAGCUGUCAUCAACAAUGGGAACAAGGGCCCCUGGGUUGGCUCAAGGCUAAAUGUGCCAGCUGCAAAGCCUCGUCCAGGGCUGAGAGAAGAAAAGCUAGCGAGCAUCAUGAGCAAGCUACCGCUGGCUGCUCCCAAACAACUGGAUGCUGCUCAGACUGCACACUCGCCAAGUCUCAUUGCUGGUCACACGGGGCCAGUACCAAAGAAACCCCAGGAUUUAGCUCAUACUGGCAUUUCUUCAGGCCUUAUUGCUGGUUCUUCAAUUCAGAACCCUAAAGUUUCCUUAGAACCUUUGCCAGCCAGGCUACUCCAGCAAGGAUUGCAAAGGUCAAGCCAGAUACAUGCUUCUUCCUCUUCACAGACUCAUGUCUCCUCCUCCCAAGCCCAAGUUGCUGCCUCCUCUCAGGCUCUGGGAACAUCAGAGGCCCAAGAUGCUUCUCCGUUAACACAAGCAACAAAGGUGCACCAGCACUCAACUGUCCAGCAGAACUAUGUGUCUCCAUUACAAGCCACCAUUAGUAAAUCACAGACCAACCCAGUUGUGAAAUUAAGUAAUAACCCCCAACUUUCCUGUUCGUCCCAACUACUCAAGACUUCAGAUAAGCCACUGAUGUAUCGCCUCCCUUUGUCUACCCCAUCACCUGGAAAUGGUUCUCAGGGGCCCCAUCCCCUGGUUUCUAGGACAGCACCGAGCACCACUACCUCCAGUAACUAUUUAGCCAAGGCUAUGGUGUCACAAGUCUCCACGCAGGGUUUCAAAUCUCCCUUCUCAAUGGCUGCAUCUCCCAAACUUGCCGCAUCUCCCAAACCUGCCACAUCUCCCAAACCUUUGCCCUCACCUAAGCCUUCUGCCUCACCCAAGCCCUCUCUGUCAGCUAAGCCUUCAGUAUCAACUAAACUUAUUUCUAAAUCCAACCCAACUCCCAAGCCUGCUGUAUGCCCAACUUCUUCCAGUCCAAACACACUAGUCGCUCAGAGUAGUCACUCCCCCAGUAACAACCCUGUCCAUAAACCGCCCAGUGGAAUGAACAUCAGCAGACAGUCUCCCACUCUGAAUUUGUUGCCCUCAAAUCGCACUUCUGGCCUUCCAUCGACAAAAACUCUUCAGGCCCCUUCUAAACUAACAAACUCAUCAUCCACUGGAACUGUUGGGAAGAACAGCUUGAGUGGAAUUACGAUGAAUGUACCUGCCAGCAGAGGUAGCAACCUUAACUCAAGUGGAGCUAAUAGGACUAGUCUAUCUGGGGGAACAGGAAGUGGAACACAGGGUGCUACUAAACCGUUGUCUACUCCACAUAGACCAGCCUCUGCCUCAGGGUCUUCAGUGGUAACAGCCAGUGUGCAGCCCAGUUCAUAAGGCAAACUUGUGUGACACCUCUGGUCCAUCAGAUAACGUGCUUCAAGAGCAGGCCUUCAUAAGGAAGAGAAAUUAACCGUGGUAACUUCACUUACUAAAAUGGGGCUUCCUGUGUGAGUUUCACCAGAGACCCCAAAGGCUGAGAACAAAACAAUAGGUGUCCUUCCAUUGUAAGGGGAAGAGGAGCUGGAUGACCCAUGCAGCCCAUGCUUAGAGACCAUGCCGCCCUUAGCUCCGUCCAGAAGGACCACGAGUGUCUACCUCUGGGCUAUCCCACGGACCAGGACAGGAUUUCUCGGGCAGCAGCUCCUCAUCACUUCAAACCCAGUGAGGGGCUUUCAAGAGGACCUUGGCAGUGCGGCCAGCACACCUUCUAGAGUUUGAGGAACUUGAGAUUGGAUCAGAUGCAGCCCUAAAAGUCUCCUGAUGAACAGUCGGCGGCCAGUGUCUGCAGAAGACAGGGAGGCUCAUGGAAUCGUUGGCAUUCUCAAUCUCCUUGUGCCUCACUGAAGAAGGGAGGCCAAUUUGAGCAUUUCAAGAAGAAAUCCAUAUGAGACUCUGGAUCCAGUUCCCAGUGCUGCUGGGGUAAGGGUUGGGGGAAUCCAGCCAAAGGGAGUAGUUAGAGGGCUGGGAUGGCCCAAUGGAAGGAUUGGGGCAAAAAUCCUAGCAUGCAACUAGGGAGUGCCCUCUACAGGGGCUGGAGACUAGAGAGGCUUUUGUGAACCCAAGAAAAAGUGAUCCAAGAAAAGAAGCAAUGCCACUCACCCAGUGUCCAGCUCUAAUAAUCAAGGGAGACCUGGCCUCUGCUUCCUUGGCACAGAAGCUAGCAAAUGGGGAAGAGAGAGUGUGAGAGGCAGGAGGGACGCUGACCUAUGGCCCUUCUGCCACACGUCUCCAUGGCAUGACAUUUGAUGUUUUGAUUUAACGGUAUAGGGGACUUGAUACCUAGAAAGAGACUUAAAAAGAAUGAGAAAAAAAAAAUCACAAAACUAAACCUCUUCAUUACCCAAAAGAGCCUGUUAAAUUCCAUCCGGGUGUGGAAAAAUGUGUACUGUUGCAUCAGAUAUGUUGGAGCACGCAUGGGAAUGAAGGGUGCUCUCUGCUGAUGCUGAGCUUGUCCAGCAGAGAGUCCUAACUGAGAAGCUCGGCAAACCGGCUUGGCUGUGAUCAGAGCUGCUGGCCGCAGCACAGCCUGGGACAGCUCAUCCGGCAGAGGGAAACGUUUCAUCCAGUUAGCUUUGCUGUUAAGGUGUGAUACAGACUGGACUUUUUCAGAACCAAAGAUGGUCUGGCAUUUCCAGAAAAGCUAUGUGAACCACCUCCAGUUUAUAGCAGGAGAGAAAGGAAUCACCUUGGAAGUUCAUGUGGCUGUGGGGGAAAGAAUAGGCUUGACCCUGCUUAGACUUAGCAUGUCCAGCUUGCUUGUUAGUAGUUACAUUUUCUUCUGAUUAUAAUGUCCCUGCAAUUUAGAUGCUACAGGAUGCUAUCAACAGAGAGGAUUUUAUUAAAAAUAAGAUCUUACCUGGGCAUGGUGGCACAUGCCUGUAACAUUAAGGCAGGAGAAUAUCUGUAAUUACGAGGCCAGUCUGGCCUACAAAGUGAGUGCCAGGCCAGUAUGUCUGGAAAAAACAAAAUUAGAGAGAAUGUAGAUCUUUAAGUAAGUGUAGAAACCACUAUAUGGUGAGAGGAGGCGUGAGCCUCUCCUCUAGAGAGCUGGCAAUGGUACAGAUGACACACCUGUUUUGACAUAGACUGCUCUCCACCCACCCUCAAUGGCUGUCAGGAUGCUGCAGUACAGUUCUGUAGUUUGGGUACCAGCCUUCAUUCCCAUGUCCUUACAGACCUCCCUGCAUACCACAGAAACUAAAAGUAUAGAAACUCCACUUACCAAACUCUGCCUUCAAGGUGCCAGCUGUGAUUUCUUCCUGCCAGUGCACUCAAAUGCCCAGGUAAAGGGGAAGUGAGUGUGGGGGCUGUGGUGGACUUAACACCCUCCACGGGCCUGCUGUCCCAUUGACAACACUUGGCCACUGAGAUCAACCACAGAGGAAUCAGUGCACUUUUCUGCCCAGGUGACAGAAACAACCAGGCUCCUCUACUCUGGCUGCAGCAAACAGCCCUAACCCUAAGUCCUGCAAAUCCUCUGGUGCCCUGCACUCAGCUCCCCCCUGCUUCAGAGCCCUGCGGUGGACCCUGACUGAUCUGGCUACCUAGCUGAUGCACAGAAAGAAAUGUACUUCAUGGGUCUCUUUAAGGUCAAGGUGAUUUUUUUAAGCAGUAAGAUAAUAACUGACAUUUAAAGGAGAAAUGCUAUGAAGAGAACUUGACAAUGGAUGUUUAGAAUGUUUAUCACUAUGUAAUUUUGUUCAAAAUAAUGUGCUAAAGGAUGAUUUUUCAAAAUACUGAACAUUUGAAUUACAUUGUUUUCAAUAAAAUAAUCUUU